AUGAGCAGCCAUCUCCACCCAAACUCUGCCCUCAGCAGCAACAUGAAUUCAAAAAACCACCAAGGAUCAGAUCAUACCUCCACCUCUUCGGACGAGCUGGAACGCAUCAUUGCCGAGGCCCGCGCAGCGUCGAAAUACCCGUCCACUUCAUCCAAACGCGCCUCCUCUCCGUGUCCAUCCACAACAUCCACCGACAGCGCGAGACGCAGGAGGGAGGCCGACGACGGGUACAACCCGAUCCAGUACGAGUACGAGAAGAAGGGCGGGUUCAAGGAUUGGUGGCGGAGGCAGAGGCUCGACAACCCGCACGGCGCCGCCGCCCUGAUAGAAGCGAUCGGCCAGGGCUUCACACGCGCGUUCGGUGAUCUCGCGAGAGCGGGUUAUUGA